GCUGUCCGACACGUGAUGGCUUCAGUAUGGCGGAGGAGUUGGCUGAGUGUCUCCAGCGCAGCGGCUCCUGAAAGCCCGGCUCCGUGGAUGCUUCGGGGGGAAAUCCUGCGCGUGACUCUUCUCACUCCAGUGCUACUGUUGGGCAAAGGAAGUUGAACCCUCUUCAGAAGUGACCACAGUGACCUCAUGGGGCCCCCAGUGAUGACGCCCUGAGAAACAGUCCUUCUGUGUUCCAUCUUAGCUUAGCUUGGAAACACACGACGUCUGCUUCACCGAACUCAGCGGGAGCACUGACAACCCCCAAAUGUUCUCCACUGCCCCUGUUUCACGUCUGCACGAGCAACCAAAACAUGAACUCUCACAAUCAUCAAGGCAGCGAGCCCUGUUGCUGAAUGAGGAGGCAAAAAGUGACGCUGGUGAAAUCCUCAACAUGCCUGAGACUGCCCUCUGAUGUCACAGCGAGGGAGGGGAGAGUGGGAGGGGACCAGCUGAACGGAGAGACGGAGCGGGUGGCAGCUGGAGGGCAGUGCAGCGAUCGGCGGAGAGAGGAGGACAAGCCGGAGACUCUGAUCGCGCAGCCGCUCGCUGGGUUUCCUGCUCCGCUGUGGACUUUCAAGCUAGGCUUCCACUUUGGGCUGAGAAAGACUCACUUUUCUCCCCCCGCUCAGUUAAUCUGCACACACACUCAAGCUCCAAGCAGCGGACGGCAACGGCACAACUGAUGGUGGAUGUGAGCCCGGCAGCGCUGCCCUCGCAGGUGCCCCCCACUUCAACCGCCAUCCUUCCCAUGGACCUGCGCGUAGUGGACCACCACCACCACCAGCAGCAGCCUGCUUUUGGCCUGGUGUCCCAGCCGCACCCAUCCCCGGCCCCAGGGUGUCCAGCGUCUGAAGGCGGCCAUGGGCCGGUCGUCGGCCACCAGGAACACCAGCUGCAGCACGAGCUGGUGGCUCUCAAGCACAAGCAGCAGCUCCAGAGGCAGCUCCUGAUCGCAGAGUUUCAGAGGCAGCACGAGCAGCUGUCCCGACAACAUGAAGCCCAGCUGCAGGAGCACAUUAAGCACCAACAGGAUCUGCUGGCCCUCAAACAUCAACAGGAGCUGCUGGAGCAUCACAGGAAGAUGGAGCAGCAACGCCACGACCAGCUGGAAAAGCAGCAGCGGGAACAGAAACUCCAGCAGCUCAAAAACAAAGAGAGGGGACAAGAGAGUGCUGUGGCCAGCACAGAGGUGAAGAUGAGACUGCAGGAGUUUGUGCUGAACAAGAAGAAGGCGCUGGCUCAGCGAAACCUAAACCACUGUCUGCCCAGUGACCUGCGCUACUGGUAUGGAAAAACUCACCACAGCUCUUUGGACCAGAGCUCACCGCCCCAAACAGCACUGUCAGCCUACAACCACCCCAUGCUCGGCACAUACGACUUGAAAGACGACUUCCCUCUCCGAAAAACAGCGUCCGAGCCCAACCUGAAGCUUCGUUCCCGGCUAAAGCAGAAGGUGGCGGAGCGCCGCAGCAGCCCUCUGCUCCGCAGGAAGGAUGGACUCAUCACCACUGCCAAGAAGCGGUCCCUGGAUGUGGCAGAACCUGCAUGCAACAGUGCACCAGGCUCUGGCCCCAGUUCCCCCAACAACAGCUCCAGUAACAUCCCGAACGAGAAUGGGAUCCCGAUCUCCAGCAGCCAUGGAGAGGCCUCUCUGCUUCAGAGGUUGGCUGCAAGGGAGGGUUCAGUCAGCCAACUGUCUCUCUACACCUCACCGUCUCUGCCCAACAUCACCUUAGGACUGCCAGCCACCGGGCCUGCCAGCGCUGUGGUGUCGGGACACCAAGAUGGCGAGAGUCAUCUGGCGCUGCCUGCGUUGCAACAGGGCAUUCCACUGACUCCUCCUUUUCUUCCCACCGCCCACCUGCCUUCCUACUUGGCACCUUCAGCGCUGGACAGGGAGGGGCCUGGAGGGGGCACAGCUGGUCACAACCCCCUCCUUCAACACGUGGUUCUGUUGGAGCAGGGCCACAGUCCAAUGGUCGGCCUGGCUGGACUACCACUACCGUCCCCCACUGUAUCCAAGCUGGUGCGGGGCCACCGUCCCCUGGGGAGGACCCAGUCGGCCCCUCUGCCCCAGCAGCCAUGCGGACAAGCCCAGGCCCUGCAGCAGCUGGUAGUCCAGCAGCAACACCAGCAGUUCCUGGAGAAGCACAAACAACUUUUCCAACAGCAGCAGCAGCACCUCAUCAGCAAGAUCAUGUCCAAGCCUGGUGAUCCGGCCUCGGCUGUGGGCUCCAGCGCAUCAUUGCCUGGCAGGCAACACCAGAGCCACCCAGAGGAGACGGAAGAGGAGCUCAGGGAGCACCAGGGACUUUCCUCAUCUUCGUCGUCACCUUCCUCUGCUCCGAUGCAGGAGACGAGGUUGCUAAGGGCCAUCAAGCAGGAGCCACCAGAUCCUGAAGAGCAGGAAGAAAGGGAGCAGAGGGAGAGGCACUCGGAGCCGGACUUCCUGUUCAAACAGCAGACCCUACUUCUGGAGCAACAACGGAUUCACCAGCUUAGAAACUACCGGGCCACUAUAGAAGACUCCAGCUUACCAGGCACCCUUGCUGGGAAGCGUCCUUUGUUCAGGACGCAGUCGUCUCCAGCCUCUGCUUCUCUCCCCAUGGCAGUCCAGGAGUCGCCAGUCAAACACAGGUUUACGACAGGUCUGGUUUAUGACUCUUUGAUGCAGAAGCAUCAGUGCAUCUGUGGAAACUCCACGAUUCAUCCAGAACACGCCGGCCGCAUUCAGAGCAUCUGGUCCCGGCUUCAGGAAACGGGCCUCAGGGCACACUGUGAGGUCAUCCGUGGAAGGAAAGCUUCUCCAGAGGAGCUGCAAACGGUGCACUCUGAAGCCCACGUCCAGCUGUACGGAACCAACCCUCUGAGACAGAGACUAGACUGUUCGGUGAAUCCCGUGUUCGUGAGGUUACCCUGCGGAGGCAUCGGGGUGGACAGCGACACCAUUUGGAAUGAGGUCCAUUCAUCCAGCGCAGCUCGUCUGGCUGUCGGCUCUGUGGUGGAGCUGGUUUUCAAAGUGGCAUCAGGAGAGCUGAAGAACGGUUUCGCCGUGGUUCGACCACCCGGACACCACGCCGAGGAGAGCACGCCCAUGGGUUUCUGCUAUUUCAACUCUGUCGCCAUCGCAGCCAAACUCCUGCAGCAGAGACUGAACGUCAGCAAAAUCCUCAUAGUGGACUGGGAUGUUCAUCACGGCAACGGCACCCAGCAGGCUUUCUACGCGGACCCCAAUGUCCUCUACCUAUCUCUGCAUCGUUAUGACGACGGAAACUUCUUUCCCGGCAGCGGAGCCCCUGAUGAGGUGGGAAGCGGAGCAGGUGUAGGCUUCAACGUAAACGUGGCCUUCACUGGAGGACUGGAACCUCCCAUGGCUGAUGCAGAAUAUUUAGCUGCAUUCAGAACGGUGGUCAUGCCUAUCGCCAAGGAGUUUGCCCCAGACAUGGUUCUGGUUUCUUCUGGCUUUGACGCAGUGGAUGGACAUGCCCCACCUCUGGGAGGUUACAAAGUCACAUCCAAAUGCUUCGGCUACCUGACCAGGCAGCUGAUGGAUCUGGCAGGAGGUCGUCUGGUGCUUGCCUUGGAGGGGGGUCAUGACCUCACAGCUAUAUGCGAUGCCUCUGAAGCCUGCAUCUCCGCUCUGCUUGGUAAUGAGUUGGAGCCCAUUCCUGAAGAGGUGCUUCAGCAGAGACCAAACGCCAACGCCGUCAGCUCUCUAGAGAAAGUGAUGGAAACCCACAGUAAAUACUGGCGCUCCCUGCAGCGCUCUGCCUCCACCCUCUGCUGUUCCUUAAGUGAAGCCCUGCAGCAUGACGUCGAAGAAGCUGAAACCGUCUCAGCCAUGGCCUCACUGUCUGUGGCCAACAAGCACAUUGGAAAGAGAGCUGAAGAGGAGCCUAUGGAAGAGGAAGCUGCAAUGUAAGAAGAAGAAAGGACCUCGCCAUCAUUUUGACUCUUUAUCCAGUCUGUCUGCUUGUAAAGUAUCUCCUCCUGCACGCCCGACCACUGCCGUACCAAAACGCCAUUCGCCUGUGGGAGGGGAACCGGCAAACAUUUGCUCAAAGGAAGGUGAGGGUUGGCAGCAGUGCAGAGGCCAGUUUCUGCCGGGUGUGCUGUUUGGAUGCAGGUUUCAACUGCCUGCUGGUGUCCCCCACCCUGCAGAUUUGAACUCAACUUCACAUUUUCAUCAAGACCACUACAGCUCUGAUGACUCUGCACUAACUGUGUGUUCCUCCUCUUUUACGAAAUCCCAAUAAAAAGAUUUAAAAACAUUUUUACCGAGAUCACUGAAAAAGCUCAGCAGGUUUCUUAGACUGAGCAGCUGUGCCUUUCGUUUCAAAUUCAGCCCUGAUGGAUUUUCACUUCAGCUCGACUUUGCCUUAAUAGCAGAUUUUGGAUCCCUCAGGCUUUUUUUUUCCUUCUUCUAAAUAUCGGGCCUGAAAGUUAUUGGCAAACAAGCAGGAGAACUUUGACACGUUUACCUGGAACAGGCAGGCAGUACCACCCUCCAUCUUUGAGACCCUCCUGGUUUUCAGCUCUGAGGAGGUUCUCAGGCCUCUGUUGAAGAUUUAAAGGAAGGAGUUAUUUGUCUGAAGCUGUGGACUUCCUCAUCCUUUAUGAAAAGAGGAGUUCAGCGGCACGCACUAGACUAGAGCAGCCUUUGGAUGGAGGACUCUCCUUCACCAGUGGGACCGUAAAGCAGCCAAAGCAGAGCAGGUGAUCAUCUUCGUCGUCCAACCACUUCCACAUCUGCAGCGACACUUCCGUCAGUCAAGAAUCCGUGGACUUUUUUUUUUACAGAUUAUUAAAGGAUGUGAUUAAUUAAUUAAACAAUCUCUUAUGGGCCAGUUUGUUCAUGUGUCACCAUGGUAAUGAGGACCAGGGAUUUUCCAGAUGAGGGUUGUACUGGGGAUGCCGUUGAUGAUGAUGAUGAUGAUGAUGAUGAUGAUGAUGAUGAUGUCAGAGCUGGUUUAACAUCUUGCGGGUGUUGUUGAGGACAUCUGCUCCCCAAAUGUCAGGUGCUGCUGUUCAGCAGGCAGGUGUGCGUCUGCAGUUUACACUACAGUAAGACUCUGUUCAUAUAUACUCGCAGAAUUUGUACAUUUAAACCAGACAGAUGAGUUUUAUCGUCUCUUUUACACUUUUGAAAUGAGAUGACAUUUUGAAAGGAUUCACUUUAAAAGAGACGGCAUCUUUAAAACGUUGUUUUAUUUAUACGUAUCGAUAUAAACCGUGACUGCAGUAGCUGUAGGUUCCUGGUUAUUGUGUGUGUGUGUGGGGGGGGGGGGGGGGUAGCUGCCAUCUAGAAACCUCCAGCCUCUGUUGUGACGUUAUUUUUACAGUCAUCAGGAAUUGUGGUGUUUACUGCUGUGACACAGAGGACCGCCCCCUCGCGUCUCUUGGCUCCUCCCAAUUGUUUCCACUGACUUUAUUUUUUUUUGGUAGCGUCUGCUCCGCACCUCGUUCGACUUGUUCAAAGGCUGACAAACUUCAACAGCAUUUCCCUUAAGCUGUUGACGUGUUUUAUUCUUUGUAAAAUAAUAAUAAUAAUGAUGGGCACUUGUUUAUUUGCUGUCUGUUUAUAGUAGAUUUUUAUGUACAGGAAAUGCGUAUAUUAUAUACUUUUGACCUCGUUUUGAAGUCACCAUAAAGAUGUGUGCUUUCUGUGAGUGGGGUGUGGAGUGGACCCUUUUGAGGACGGGGUGUUACUGAAGGCGCCGUUUGCUGUCUGGGGUUGCAGUUAAACUGUGGAGCGGCAUUUCUCUGAUUUUAUAUGCUUUGAUUUUGACAUUAGUACCAUGACACUGUUACAGGAGGGGUGCAGUCAGCCUCACACACCUGAAUCCUGCACCACUCUGUACUUUCUGAUCUUGGAGCUGUUAUUGUUUCAAAAAAAAAAAGAAGUGUCAGCAUUUCAGGAUUUUUUUUUUUUUUUUUAGCAGUUUGUGAGACUCGAGAUGUUUCAGUUUUUUAAAUUCUUGGUCUGAAUGAAUCUGGAAAACUGGUUUUAACUGAGAGAAAUCUCUCAUUUGGACUGGAAAGCAGAUUCCUUUUUUUUUGUGUUUGCAUGCACUGUUCCUCUCCUGCAGCGUUGCAGGUCGGAGGCUUCAGGUUUUCCUGGUGUUCAGAUGACUUUUUCCUGCUUUGAAAACAACCCCGGCUUUGUCUGCACCCCAUCAUUUCAGCCUUAUUCAGUCUUGGGAAAGACCAAAACUCUGCCAUUCAUGAACGUUUGUCAGUCCCGGUAUGGAAAGCGCUGAAAGCUCCUGGUUUGUUGAAAAUAGAUGGAUUGAAGAAGGGAAACAGCGACUGAAGGAUUGAUAAAGACGGCUUUACCUGGACUACUUUAAAGAAAAGGUUCAAAUACCAGUAUAUCAUCGUAGAUUCUGAGUUUUUUUUUUUUUAAAUCAGAUUUUACUGAAUGUAUUUGGGUCCUAACUGCAGAAAUGUGUGAUCUUUACAUCCUAAAAUCGUGAGUCCUUAAUCCAGGUUAUGUAAAUAGUGUAUCAUACACUCAGAAGAUGGUAUAGAUAGCAUUUACAGGAAGCCAUCACUGUUUUUUCGUCUGUGAGUUUCUCUGUACAUUCCUUUUUUUAAUGAGACACAUUUACAGACAUCUUCUCUAUUUGUAACUCGACACGUUUUCAUUGUAUAUCAAAUAUUAACGAGUUUUUUGAAGUUUGAGGACACAAGGAUGCACACGCUGUUACACACCGACGGAUCUGCACACUUUCAAACGUCUGAGGAUUUCCCGGAGCUUUUAAUGCAGCAGUGCCAGUCAUGGUUUUCCUCAUGCUUAAUGCUUUUUGGUUUCACAGACGAAGCCAAAACUACCGCCGUCUGCCUUCUCCGCCCAUUUGUCUGUGUCCAGCUACAAAAGAAAACACAAAGGCACAUUCCAGUUUUUGGACAUUUUUUCUUUACAAGGAGGCAGAGCUGCUUAGUUUGAACUAAAAGCUGAACGCUGUAGGUCUGGUCUGACUUCACUCCAUUCCUGUUCCCCUCUGCAUGAUCUGUGUCCGCAUGCAAGCCCCACCUGUCUGUCUGUCUGUCUGUCCCCAUCACACUCAGAAUGUGGGAUCGUGCACUGAAGGACAUUAGUACUUUCACUGUUUCCGAGCUGUUUUUUUUUUUUUUCACUUCUUGUGUGGAGGCUGGAGGCUCUCCACGUCCUACUUUUUGACCUGCAGCCCUCAGACUCCUCAAACCUGGAGGACACGAGCGGAAAAUGUUUUUGAAGAAUCAGCUGUCGCAGGUGGCAGACUCAGACGUGUUACCCUAGAUUGUUUCAGCGGGAAGCGCAGCAGCAUGAAGAGGGCAUUUGUUUUCAUUCCAGGCGGGAUGUGACUUUGAUGGAAUUUUUUUGGAAAGACGUUUCUGCUUCUCCGUCACAUCUGGACUGUGUAAAGGGCUCCACCCAGAUGCCUGGACUUUGUUACGGUCCUCCGUUCCAGUUAAUAGACCAGUUAUCUCUAUGACCACUGUGGUUACAGAAACAAACAGUCGUAGGUUUAUAUGCGUGGAAAUGCAUAUUCCUUUAUUAUGUUUUGACUUGUUUGUCCAUUGUUAUUGAACUGAUCCAUUUUUCUCUGGAAACCUUUGCUCUACAUGUUUGUUUGACAUGUAUAAUAUAAAGUAUUGUUUUGGAACUCUU